AUGUCAACUGGAAGUGGAGCAGCCGCCGAGAGCGAGCAAGAGAUUAUUACCAAGUCUCAACUCGCCGCUCGACACUUGAUUAUGAACCGACCAAAGCGCCUUAACGCCCUUAACUGGAAUAUGAUCAACGCUAUGAAACCACAGCUGGAGGCGUGGGAAAAUUCCGACCUGGCGAAAGUCGUGUUACUGAAAGGUAGUGGUGGCAAGGGCUUUUGUGCAGGAGGUGAUGUUCGAACCGUCAUCGAGCUAUCUGCCAAAAACGAUCCUCAAGCACUCAAGUUCUUCGAAGACGAAUACAAGGUCGAUCAUUACAUUGCCACCAUGACUACUCCAUUUGUUUCAGUAAUGGACGGAAUCACCAUGGGUGGAGGUGUGGGAUUGUCUGUGCACGCACCAUUCCGUAUUGCAACUGAAAACACACUGUUUGCUAUGCCCGAGACAGCUAUAGGAUUCUUCCCCGAUGUUGGAGGUAGUUUCUUUUUGCCUAGACUUGAUGGUCAUAUUGGAGCAUACCUCGGUAUGACCGGCAAGCGUCUAAAGGGGUUGGAUGUUCUCUAUGGAGGUAUUGCAACACAUUAUGUCCCAUCCAAUCGCUUGUCUGAAUUAGAGGCAAGGCUAUCUGAGCUGGAGACAUCCAAUUUUGAUGUGAUCAACGAUGCCAUCGAAGAGUUUACCGAAAAUGACACAGCUGAAUCUUUCAUUCUCGAUCCCGAAACACGCAAGUCCAUUAACAAGAUUUUUGGAAAGAAGACUGUAGAGGACAUCAUGGCUGCGUUGGACAAGGAGGAGUCGGCUUGGGCUAAAGAAACAAAGGAUACGUUGCUCAAGAUGUCACCUAGCUCCCUCAAGAUCACAUUAGAACAAGUCAGACAAGGCGCACAAAAGAGCAUUAUAAGCUGCUUCAAAAUGGAGUAUGGCAUGGUCCAACAAUCUCUCGCUGACCACGACUUUGCUGAGGGCGUCACUGCAUCGUUGGUCAACAAGACCGCACCAAAAUGGCAACCCAGCACUCUUGCUGAGGUCAAUACCAAAGAUGUCUUGAAAAAGUACUUUAACACACCACCAGCUCAUGAUCUCGAACUCCUGUCCGACAAAGACUACAGCCAAUACCCUCACCGCAAGUAUUCCCUUCCCUCAGAGAAUGAUAUCAAGCUUGUCGUGACUGGUGAAGCUCCCGACAUUGGCGAUUAUGCGCUUAGCGAAAAUGAAGUAGUCGACUGGUUCCUCAAGGAACGCAAAGGCAAGCGUGGUGUCGCUGAGAAAGUCAAGGCUGUGCUCAAGCAGAAUACCAAUGUUGUUGGAGAGGGUGAAGCACAGAGCUUGAAAUGGAUCUAUUAA